AUGGAUAUCGCGAUUGCCCGUUUCCCGUCGCUGUCUCACUACAUUCAGCUCACCGACGACGAGCGCUGCGCCAUUCUGUAUCCACACGAGCGUGCGUGGCGAAACAGACAACCGUUCCUCGAAUCCCAUGGCUACAUGCUACGUCCGAGAUUACGACCAGGGUGGACUCCGUCAUGGAGGACCUCCGGCGAACAUCCGCUGGACGCCGAGGACACAAACUACAUUCAUCCUUUCCCACAUCUGACAGACGCUACGCGGAUAUCGGACGGAAAGCUGGUAUCUAUCAAACGAGUUUUCAGUAACAGCGUCGAAGUGAAGAUCGCUACGUACCUGCGCAACCCGCUGUUCGAGAAGGACACUAGAAAUCAUUGCGUGCCUAUCCUCGAUUUGUUCCAGGACGACAAGAAUGCGUCCAUAUCUUAUAUGGUCAUGCCAUUCCUCCGUUGGUUCGAUCGUCCAUCAUUCGACUCUGUAGACGAUGUCCUUGACCUCGGUGAACAAUUGCUUGAAGGCCUUGUUUUCCUGCAUGAGCACGGAAUUGCACACAGAGAUUGUUCUUACACGAAUCUCAUGAUGGACGCCACCCCUCUAUUCCCCGAUGGGUUCCAUCCUCUCCGGAACACUUUGAAGCCUGAUGGCAAGACUGCCGCUUGGCCUAACUCGAGGUCUCACUUUCCAGUGAAGUAUUACUUCAUCGACUUCGGCAUUUCGGUGCAAAUACCCCCGGAUGUUCAGCCAAAGUUGGCGGUUGGUGGCGACGGUCGAGAUCAAGCACCACCCGAGCUAUCCGACGACGUCCCUUAUGAUCCCUUCAAAUUGGAUGUCUUCAUUCUUGGAAACGUGUUCCGCAAGAACUUUUACGAUACACUGAGUAAUGUUGGCUUUCUCCGACCAAUUUGGCAGUCCAUGACGCAGCCAGAUCCGCUGGAGAGACCGUCCCCCGCUGAAGCUCUCCAACAGUGGCAGCAAAUGCGCAGAGCCGUGCCAUACACGCGCCGCCGCUGGAGGCUCAAGAGACGAGACGAAGUCCCCUUGCUUACCGUGAUUCUGGACGUUGUUCACCUGGUUACGUCGGCCGCUCACAUAGUGAAGGGCACGAAAACGACGAAAAAUCUGUUUUCUUGGUAA